AUGCUCCAGUUCCUGCUUGGAUUUACUCUUGGCAAUGUGGUGGGAAUGUAUCUGGCUCAGAACUACGACAUACUUGAAGAAAUUAAAAAGGACGUGGACGCCAAGAAGAAACCCCCUAGUUCAUGAGGCCGACUCUAGCACUGCCUCCUGGAUAAACUGAUUCUACUGUUCUUGAGGGCCUCCUUUACCAUCUGAACCAAAAGCUUUUGUUUUCAUCUCCA